GUGUCAAACACUGCGUCUCGUGUCGAUGCGGUGCGUGUGACUGCGCAGAGAGCUUAUAAACGCUUCAGAUGGUCCUCCUGUCACAUGAGAAGAGUCGCUCACAAUAGACAAUCGCUCUCAAAUCAAUCCUGCUCCUCGACACAAUGGUCCGAGAACGGGUGUUCCUGCUAACCGUGACCUGCUCCGUCUUGAUGUUGCUAGCGCGCUGCGAUGACUUUCUAGAGAUCCGCUCGCCAGGAGAUAACAUGAAGGCCCAAGAGGAGAAAGAACUGAUUGAGGCUCUUCAGGAAGUUCUUGAGAAACUGAGGAACAAACAGAUUCCCACUGUGGAGAAGAAGUUCGGGUGGGUUCCGUCGUGUGAUGCAGGCGAGCAGUGCGCGGUGCGGAAGGGCUCUCGCUUCGGGAAGCUGUGCAGUUGUCCAGGAGGAACCAGCUGCAGUUUCUCCAUCCUCAAGUGCUUGUGAAACAUCUCUCAUCCUGUCAUAACCAGCCGCUUAUUGUGCACAUGCUGUUGGAUGUUUCCAGUCACAGUUGUAACAUGUUUUAUCAAACUGACGCAUAAAAUAAAUGCAUGCAUUUUUGUAUAAAUCUCUA